AUGCCGCCGAUGCGACCACUAUGGAUGCAAUUCCCGACUGACAGCCAGGCUUUGUCCAUUGACACCACCUAUCUAUUGGGAUCGGACUUGCUGGUGGCGCCCGUGUUGGAUAAAGAGCUAAAGACCCUUGACGUGUACUUGCCCACUGAUUCUCGAGACCCUACUUCUUGGCUCAAUGUAUGGACACACCAAGUGUUUAACGGUGGCCAUAGCUAUCAGUUUGAUGUCGACAUAAAGUCUCUGCCCAUCUUCCAGAGAAGUGGAUCCAUCAUUCCUAAGAGAGAACGCAUGCGAAGAGCGGCUGUUCUGGCUGUGAAUGACCCUAUUACACUCCAGAUUUUCCUGAAUUCAAAGGGAGAAGCCACCGGUUCGCUGUACCUCGAUGACGGCCAGUCCUAUGACUACCGCACAAAGAGCGCUUUUCUUUCUGGCAGUUUCAACUUUUCUAAGCAAACACUCAGCUACGAAUUUCAAAAGGGCACCCCUGAUGCGAAUGCAGCUUGGCUGGAGCGUGUGGUCAUCUACGGCUAUCCCUCAAAGCCAAACCGCGUCGUCGCCCAGCUAGGAGCCGAUCCGUCAAAGGCCACUCAAAUCGCCUUCAAAUACAACGCCGACACCAAAGAAGUGAUUGUUCGCAAACCGGCACUUCCAUUUGGACAAAACUGGCAAUUGCAAAUCUUCUAA